GCGUGCGCCGGGGGAUAGGAGGACGCGCUGAUUUCCUGUCAGGGUUCUCUAUUUUGAGCAGGGGGGUGUUGGCGCAGGCCCUUCUCCCCAGCUCUAGACGUCGACACUGCCCUCCGUAAGCUUAUCGAAGCAGCGGCUCAAGUGUGACGUCUCCUUUUCCUCCGAGCGCCUAGUCCUGAGCUCGCGCCAUCCCUACUUCGGAUUUAAACAGCGGUCAGCUGUUCCGGUGCCGGAUAGGGGAGUGCACAUCGGUGCCCUGGACCGCGUAGUUCCCAGCUACUUGUACCCUCGAAAAGACUAGGGUCCAGGACCUACGAGGGACGCCGGGACGCUGGACCGGAGCGGAGAGCGGGAGCGGGAGCGGGGCCGCUCGGGCGGCCGACGGCGCAGGCGCUCGGUGCGCGUUGGGGGCGGGGCUGCGUCGGGGCGGGGGCAGCGCGCGCGGGAAGUGCCCACGGGGAGGCCGGCCGGCUCCUCAGCGCCGCGCGUCAUGGCCAUCUCGGUUCCCGGCUACUCGCCCAGUUUCAGGAAGCCUCCCGAGACUUUGCGGCUCCGACGGAAAAGGGUCCGGAGCCUUGAGGCCGCCGCUUCACCCAGGGAGCAGCCCGAGCCGGCGCCCCGCCGCGCCGCUCUGGCCGCCGGGCUGCUCCUCCGCCCCUUCCCGGCGGCUGCUGGCAGAGGCGGCGGCGGCCCGGCCGCGGCCCGCAGGAACCCCUUCGCCCGCCUGGACAACCGGCCGCCGGCCGCCGCGGAGCCCCCCGACGGGCCGCCCCGCGGCCAGCAGGAGGCGCAGGACCCGUGUUUAGAUUCUAAUCAAGAAAAUGAUUUGCUCUGGGAAGAGAAGUUCCCCGAAAGAACAGCCGUGGCCGAGUUACUCCAGACUCCACAAGUAUCAUUCUCCAAAUCUGAUAUUCCAUCCUCAGAAAGUACUGAGUUACCUGUGGACUGGAGUAUUAAAACUCGACUCCUUUUCACCUCUUCUCAACCCUUUACCUGGGCAGAUCAUUUGAAAGCACAGGAAGAGGCUCAAGGUAUCAUCCAGCAUUGUAGGGCAACAGAAGUUACUUUGCCUCAAAGUAUACAGGAUCCCAAACUCUCCACUGAGCUCCGAUGUGCCUUCCAGCAGAGCCUUAUCUACUGGCUCCACCCUGCCUUUCCUUGGCUACCUCUGUUCCCUCGCAUUGGAGCUGAUAGAAAAAUGACUGGAAAGAUAAGCCCUUGGUCAAAUGAUGAAACCUUGCAACACAUUUUAAUGAGUGAUUGGUCUGUGAGCUUCACUUCUCUAUAUAAUUUGCUGAAGACAAAACUUUGCCCAUAUUUCUACGUUUGUACCUAUCAGUUUACUAUCCUGUUCCGUGCAGCAGGCUUAGCAGGAAAUGAUGUAAUCACAGCUCUCGUGUCUCCGACAACUAGAGGAAUAAGAGAAGCUAUGAAAAAUGAAGGUAUUGAAUUUUCUCUGCCGUUAAUAAAAGAAAAUGGCUAUCAGAAGAAAAAGACAUCUGGAACAAGCUUGGGAAAUGGAGAGGAACAAGUAAUCAGCGAUGAUGAUGAAGAUGAAAGUUUUUCCUGGCUGGAAGAGAUAGGUGUGCAAGACAAAAUUAAAAAACCAGACAUACUCUCUAUCAAGCUACGCAAAGAGAAACAUGAAGUGCAAAUGGACCACAGACCUGAGUCUGUUGUGUUGGUGAAGGGAAUGAACACCCUUACAUUGCUGAAUUUUUUGAUAAACUCUAAGAGUUUAAUUGCAAGCUCAGGCCCACAGGCAGGACUUCCACCAACCCUCUUAUCCCCUGUAGCUUUCCGAGGUGCCACAAUGCAAAUGCUUAAGGCACGAAGUGUAAAUGUGAAGACACAAGCUGUUUCUGGAUACAAAGAUCAAUUUAGUUUGGAGAUUACAGGUCCUAUCAUGCCUCAUUCUCUACAUUCUGUGACCAUGCUACUCAAAUCUUCACAGAAUGGGUCAUUUUCUGCUGGACUGUAUACACAUGAGCCAACUGCUGUAUUUAAUAUCUGCCUGCCAGUGAAUAAAAUACUGGAUAAGGAGACACUUCAGGAGGAGCUUGGUAACUGUGGGUUGCACCCUAAGACUCUGGACCAACUUAGUCAAAUACCAACACUGGGAAAAUCAUCUUUACGGCUUGUGGAAUUGAGUGACUUCGUUUAUAAUUGGAGAUCCUAACACCAAAGUAAGCCUAAAAGGAAUCUUUGAGGAAAAAGCCUUCUAGCAAGGAAAUUCAAGAUUCUUAUACCUUUGGCUCUAAAGUUCAUUUUGGAAGUUAAAGGAAUAGAACUUUAAAAUAUUCAAGUGUUGAUAAACAACCUUUUAGCUUAAUUUUUAUUACGUGCAUUAAGCAAAAGGAUUAAGGCUUUAAAUCAACAUUUUGUUUUUACUAUUCUGAUUAGAUAAUUCAGGUAUAAAGAGAACUCCCAACUCUUAAAAAAACCUCAGAAACUUGAAUGAGACUUCCAGACCCUUACAAGCUAAUUAUAAACGGAGUAGAAAACGGAGUAUUAUGAAUGUCAGUGUUGCCUUGCAAAUGGCAAAUUGAAGCUAAGUAUUAAUUAUCUACUGGCAUUUUGUGACCGAUGGCAUCAGGGCAAAACCAUAUUUGACAAUUUACCUAUACCUACAGUUAUAUGCAGGUUCUAGAUUAUAAAGAUACAAAUGUAGACAAAUUCGUAUUUGUAGACAAAUAGCUAAUUGUUGAUGUCUCUACCUUAGUUGCCUUCAUUCUCAUUUCUAAUUCCUCUAUUUUCAAAUAUAUUAAAUUUGUUUUUUUUUAAUGCAUGUUAAUUCAAAGAGGGGUAUUUUGUAUUCCACAUAGAAUAGUGUUAAUUGUAAAGUGUGCUCAGCUGUCAUGGUAAAGGAGUAUUUAAUGUUCUUGUAGGUAUUUGUGUGUGUGCACGCGCGAGUGUGUGUGUUGUGUGUAAUUCAAAUUUCCUUAAAAUAAAAGGAUGUAGAAAUCAAAAGCACUGGGUAAAGAAAUGACAAUAUUUAGUGAAGAAGUAUGUGUUCACUUUAUGAUCCAAAAAAUAAGACACCACAUUUAUUCCAGAGAAGUUUAUAUUUGGGCCUUAAGCUUUUGAAAAUAAAGUUUAGAGACAUAGCAUUAUGAAUACCACUGUAAUACACAUGAAAUAUUCUAUCAGACCCUAAAAAUUAACAUAAACUUAAACUUUCUCAGUCAACAAAAUAGUGGCUGGGUGCCGAUUUUAUUAGAUAAGUUGGUUACAGCAUUUUAAUUAUCAUUUAACGUCUAUCUAGGUGUAGCUGAAAUUCAAAAUGCACAUCAAAGUAAAACUAUAUCACAACUCAAUGCCAUACUAAAUGUACUUGGCCUCUGCAGUAGAAUUCUAAUCGGACUUCAUUUUGACUCCCUUCUCAUGGCCCAAGUGGCUUUGAUGGGAAUGCAGGACUUAGUGCUGAUCAUCACACAACAUACCACUUUCUUUUUAUAACCUCUACAAAAUUUUAAGGGGAGAUGGUGGCAUUAGCCCUGUGGAACAGAUCUUGAUUACCUCAAUAACACUGGCCCAGUAUCUGUCCAGCAGAACCCAUUGUGAACUAGUACAAGGUGCACAGCCCUUCACUGAUUACAGGCAAGUGUUACAGCAGCCUAGCCAUAAGGAAGGGAGGUUACAUCAUAGUACAAAAUACAGUAUAAAAGCGUUAUUUAACAUUCCACACUGAAGAUUACGGAUGCCUUCAAACAAUCGUUUGGAUGUUAGCCACUUAAACAAAUACAUCACUAAGGUAAACAAUAUAAACAUACCAAAACCCUGUAUGGUUAAAUACAAUUUCCAUGGUACAAAAAUCAAAGCCUGGAGAUGUUUGUACAGAUUGCUUUUUACACAAUGUCUUAAAUUGCCAAAUAUUUACAACAUUAAAGAGGAAAUACAUUUUGAUGCAGAGUAAAAUUAUCUGAAAUGAUUAAUAUAAAACCUCAAUCUAUCUACGUGAGGCACUCCUGAAGCAAGUGGCAUUAGCCAUGAGGUCCUUUGGUACAAGGCCCAUUGCUUGAAGAACCACAGUAGCUGCUGUGGCUUUAGCAUGCUUCUUAUUAGGGCUGGCAAAGCUGGGCUGGUAAGCGCUUCCAUUUAUCAAUACCUAUUCAAGAAAAACAUACAAUUGGGCUGGUAAGGGCUUCCAUUUCUCAAUACCUAUUCAAGAAAAACAUACAAUAAGAACAGCAUCAAACUUUAAUAUCUAUUAGCUUUGUAUUUUUUCACUAAAUGCUAGAAAAAUAAUUCACAAAAACUAUAAAACCCAUACUAUGGAAGUCAAAUUAAUCUCAACCCAGAAGCAGCAAAUCAUUUAGGAAAAGGGACUACAAAUUAAGGUCUUCAAAUUGAAGGGGCAUGGGGAAAGGGGAUGGAGAAAUCCCUAAAAAAGCUACUAAAUUAACACUAAAUUAAUUCCCCAUGUUCCACUAGAAAAUGUCAACAAAUUCUUCACCAGAUUUUGCCCACAUCUUUCCCUCCAACAUUUUUGAAAAAUAGGGUAUUAACAGGUCAUAUUAAAGUAUACUUAAAUAUUUAAAAACCCUACCACUUCUACCCACACAUCUAUUCACUCCCAACCCACAAUGUAUCAAUAUUGUGACGAUACAGUGCUUUUCCCUCACCCUCUAAGGUUAAGUCAUCAAAUUAGUAGGGGUAUAUAAUUAAUGCACAAAUUCAUAUUUACCCUAAAGAGAAAAUGUUUGCGAUGAUCAGGGCCACUAUCAUGGACCAAGAGAAAUUCUGGUGGUUGCCACCUUCUCUUAUUACAGAUUUCCAUCAAAGCAGACACAGGAUGUUUGCCUGCAGAGAAAAAAAAAUAACUUGUUAAUUAUUUCUACUGUCUGUGGCAACAGAUUAUGAAUUCAAGUUGGGGAUGGGACAAGAGGAAAUUUAAAUGUAUGCUCACCUGACAGAUCUUUCAUUGCAGCAGAGAAGUUCCCAGACCUCUUUUGUGCUCUUUCUCCUACUGCAACAAGACCUUUAAAAUAAAAAGCCAAUGUUCACUGAAUAAAUCCCAAAGCAUCAUUCAAAAUUAUAAAUACAAUGAUUCCCUCUGUAGGAACCUGAAUCUCAAUAAAAUAUUCAACUCCCACUACCCCUGAUUUUUAUAUCAUUUGACUUCUAUUUUGCUGUUUCAAUAUAUAAAUCUUUAUGUUUAUCAUGUACCUUGGUAUUAGAAACUGUACAAAAAUCAAAUGUUCAGAAAACCUAGUAUAUAAAUAUGUAUAUAAAUUAAGUGCCAUAGUUAACAACUACAGGUCUGUUUCUUUCUAAGUUUAAAAACUAGAGGCUAUUACAAGUGCAAUCUAAGGUUUCCCAUUCCUUAAAAAAUGAUGGCUCAGUUAAUUAAGUUCCCCAGAUGGUGAGGCUUUUAGGCCACCCCCCCCCCAAAAAAAAACUAAAAGGGAGAGGCUGUCUCUAUAGAUGAACGUGUCCCUUUUCUCCCCCAGCAAACAACCCCUUUCUGACUUAUCAAAUGAAGAUAUUCUCAAAAGACAAACAUAAUCUCACUGUAUAACCUCCCUUUCCAAAGGGAUUUAGCUGUAUCACUACCCAAAAUCAAUGCUUUCCUGACUUCCAUUUCUCCUAGGGGGAGUUCUUCAACCAGUUCUUCAUUAAUUCUGCUAGUAUGCUUCUCCAAACCCAACACCUGUCACAGAAUUCCAAAGAUGAUGUUCCCUGGAAUUAUGCAAUGCCUUCACAGAUAUUUUCUUCCAAAAAACCACCUUUUAGGACUCAAAAAAAUCUAUUCAACUUGUAGAAGUAAUACAAUGUCAAUGUGACAUAAUCAGUACAAUGUCCUUUUCUAAUUUAGAGUCUGAAUUAACGCUUAUUAGCACAGGAUGAUUCUCAUGCUAUUUCUAGCCUACUUGGAAUUAUUACCAAUAAACUCCCUACAAUUUGAAAAAAGUGGCAUCACAGUAUUCUAUGUGGAUGAGAAUGUAGAAUUUCUGAAGCAAAACAUUUUAUAAGACACAGUUUGGUCAGAGCUAGUUCGUUUCCAAUUAAGAAUAAUUUAACUGCAUCAUCUCCAACUUAAUUCAAUUCUCUGAUUACAAAGAUAAUGAAAAUUCUAGUGUUCAACUUUACAGUUUUUAAAAAUCAGGCUUAUCCAAGCUAUUGAAAUCACAUUGAGCUGACACUGAGCCAUUUGAUUCUACUUAAAACAUAAUUCCAAGGGAAGAAUUUAAAAGGUACCAGCUGGCUGUUCUCAAUAAGCACUAAGUGUAUUUUUAAUACUCAGCAACUGCAUGCAAGCUAUAUAGAGAGAUCCCCAUGAGUAGCAAAGUUCCAAGGUGCCCCAAGAACAAGAAAAUAUGAAGAGCUAACAUUGCUGCCAGCAACUGCUCUACUAUUCUCCAGCCCCAAUCCAAGAAAACUCCAUUAUGGAGCUUAAAAAGAGGGAUAUGCAGACUCCUGAUUUCGGCUCAGGUCAUGAUCUCGCAGUUUGUGGGUUAGGGCCCCACGUCGGGCUGCAUGGUGACGGUGCAGAGCCUACUUGGGAUUCUCUACCUCUCUGCCCUUUCCCCACUCUCUCAAAAUAAACUCAGAAAAAGAGACAUGCAAAAAAGGGUUUAUAUAUAAGGUGAAGACAAAACAGCACUCUAGUAAGAAAUUAAGGAGAAUAUAUAAAAUAUUUGAAAAAGAAAAAAAUAAAUCCUAGAAACAAGUGUAUGUUCCCCAUCAAGAGAAAGCAAAAUGGGGAUUCCAUUUCCUAAAAAUGAAAUAUAGGGGGUUCCUGGGUGGCUCAGUCAGUUAAGCAUAGCCUUCGGUUCAGGUCAUGACCUUGUGAGUUUGAGCCCCACAUGGGGCUCUGUGCUGACAGCUCAGAGCCAGGAGCCUGCUUCACCUGCCCCUCCCCCUCCCCCGCUCACGCUUGCGUCUCUGUCUCUCAAUAAUGAAUAAAAGGUUAAAAAAAAAAAAAAAAGAAAUCUAGUUAAAAUUUCAGUCACACUGAUAUAGGCCUACUUCCUUAUCAUUUAGCAUCUUAACUACAACUGCCUUUUAAAAGCCCAAAUUAGUGACUUCACCUGUAUUUAUACAAGCUGUCACGAAUGGGUUAAACUUUUGUUUCCUAACAAACAGCUGCAUAUAUGCUCCAGUUAAGCAUCAAGGAUAUCAAAAUGUAAGAAGAUUACUAUGUGUGUGUAUUUAUUUAUUUAUUUACUUAUUAUUUAUUUAAAGAUGGGGCUGCUGGUGGGCUCUGUUGGUACAGCAUAUGACUCUUGACCUCAGGGUCGUGAGUUCAAGCCCCAUAGUGGGCAAAGAGCUUACUUAAAAAAAAAAAAAAAAAAUCUACGAAGGUAAUGAAACCCUAAGUGUUUUUUUUUAAUAUUACUUAUUUUGCAAUAAAUAAAUUUAUUUUAGGGGUAAUGAGGGGGCAAAGAGAAUCCCAAGCAGGCUCCACAAUGUCAGCACAGAGCCCAACACAGGGCUUGAUCUCACAAACCGUGAGACCAUGACCUAAGCUAAAACCAAGAAUCAGAUGCUUAACCGACUGACCCACCCAGGAGCCCCGAAACCUUAAAUAUUAAAGAAGGUAUAAUAUUCCCAGAACAAUGUGUUACCUUUUCGGUCUGUCUUAAAAUCAACUAGGAUAGGUUCCUUAUUUCCUUCUUUGUUUUUUCCUAAUCCUUCUCCUUCUCUCCAGCCCAUUUUUCUCAUCAAAACGGCUCCCAUUCCUCCAGUUACCGGGGCUGCUCUUAAGAACUGAUCCUAUCCAAAGAAAGAAAGGUAAAAUGUCCCCAUUUCAGAGUUAGAAUUUGACUACAAAUGCAGUGUAAUUUUUAAAAAAAAAUCUUAUUUUACUUCUAGAUCUGAUAUAGCAAUUAAAUUUAAGUUUCUAUACUUAUAUACAUACUAUAGUGUGGAUGCUAAUUAUUUUCACAUUAACAUAAUAUUUUGAAAGUCAAAUAAGGCAAAUAAAUGGCAGUUUAAAACAGUAGCCCUCCUGCCCCCCUCCAAAAAAAAAAAAAAAAUUAGAACACUCCUGUUUUCGUCCACUAUUUAGGUUCACUGGUAUCUCUUCUUAGCUUGCAAAAUAAAAAGAAGGCAAUGUUAAAACAGUCAAUAAUAUUAAUUGUCCCAGGUGUACCUAGUUAAUGAAUAAAGCCCAGAAAUCAUUUAGAAAUAGUUUGGACACUGAAGCAGCAUACUGUUAACAUCCCAAGUUUUCUUUCCCACUCUACCUUAAAGCAAGUAUAAAUAUUUUACUUAGAAAAUCCCUAUGAACCAAAAGGUAAAAAUCUUCAAAUUCUAUUUACACAGUAAGAAAUGGACAGUCACAUAAAAUACCCUGUCAUUAUACCAAACUGAAUUUGAAUGCUUUUAAAUCCUAGCUUGAUGUUAAAAGACUUUUAAAAAACUCCUUAAACGUUUACAUACCUAGGCCUCGGUAGCAGCAGUGUUGUGAAUAGUAGGGCUGGCACUGACCGGGGCAAGAAGACAGCUACAAGGAUUUGGCCCUGAAACAAGUUUCCAUACAGAGGGGUGAAAGUUCACAGGUUAUUCUGUGAACAGUCAUCUCUCUUGUAUCCAACCCACUGAACCAUAAUUUCCAUCAAAGCAGCAAACCACUUAAUGUCUUAAGAUGCACAACUAUAUACAUUAGCAUGGUCAACAGUCAUUUUCACACAUUAAGAAAUAAAUAUGUGAUGCCUCUAUUUUAAAGGACAUCCAUGUACAUAGAACAGAUGAAUUCUACUGUUGAUCUUUAUUGGCCAUUUUCCUUUUAAUUUAUAACAUCUCAAAAUCCUGCUUUACUUUCCCCUUGUUCUUAAAUUUUAGACUUAUGUUCUCUAGCAAAUAUAUAGCAAAAGUCAUUAACUUAUCAACAGAGGGAGUCAAAAAUUUGGUAUCUCUGGGAGGAGUAUGCAUUAAUCAUUUCCUAUAUUGAUAAGUUAAUGCUAAAUUUUUAAAAUCUUAUUUUUACACAGUAGUAAAACUGUAUUAUUUUUUCCCCCAGCUUUGUAAAUUAUAUGCUGGGGAAAAACAUGCCAAUGAUGUGUGACUAGACAUUAAGUACAACUAGGUGCUCUGAUGGAAGGAGGCAGCUGUGGAGGUAAAAACAUACCCCUGGUUCAGUUCCUUAUUUGGUGCAGGCCAUGCAGUGUUGAUGUAUAAAGAGAAAAGUUAGCUGAUGCUUGGAUAUCAACUGCCUUGUUGCUACACACCUAAAAUGACUUUUACUUACUUCCAGGUUCAUCCGCCCCUCUUUUCCAGGCAACACUCCUAAAAAAAAGGGCAACUGUGCAGAGUAUAAUACAAAACCCCAAAUAACCCAGGCUUCCAACUCGGUUUCCAUUCUCUACUAUCUUCAUGUUUCUUUACCCCAUUGUGUAUAUAGUUCACCAAAAAGCUGCUUAAUCUAAUGAGUAUAAUAGUAAACAAUACUCAUCGGGUCAUCAGGUCAUGUCCAAAUCACUUAAUUCCAGAAAAUAAAGGUUCUUUUAAAUUAAUAACCACUUAAAAAUGUCUUACUGACAUAAUGGUAAAACUCCCAUCUUUUUUCAUCUAAGAAUAUACUGCAACAAACUAAAAAUGAAUAUGGACUAUGUUGGCAUUCCAUGUGGUUUUUAACAUAAAGGAGGGUGUUAGGCUAGUGCAAGGCAAGAAAAACUAUGUGAUCAUUGAAAGUUUUCUAAACACAACAAAGAGACCAUUGACAGUGAAGAUAAAUGAUAAAUUUCCAGCUAAUGACUUUUCCACAUUUUUAUAAAUGUUCAUUCCUUCCUUGAUAUCAGUAGCAAAUAUUCUUCUGUAAACAUAUAAAUGGGAGUUUUCCUAAAAGCAUUGCUUUCUUGUUAUUAUUUAAAAACUUUCAUGAACACAUCUCAUAAUUUAUCAAAAUGCCUUACAUGUACAUUUAAAAUAAUGUGAUUGAAAAUCUGUCAACUGCCUACAUGACUAGAAAUCAAAACUUUAAGGGAAAGUUUGCAAGAACCAAUUUUAAUCAGAAGAUUCAUUUUUGCAAGUUAUGUUAACAUGAUUUUUAGAACUAUAUAAGCAUUAUGGAUCAGUACUUCAUCAUACAAAUGAAGACCAAAAUUUUACAAUGGAAUCACAUUCAGAAGUUCCUACCUAGUAAUGUACAAGACUAUUUAAUUUUUAUCUGCCUAAACACCCACGUAAGCUUCAAGUCUAACUUCCUGAAAUACUGAGACUCAAGCUUCAAGAUUAAAUAGUAUUAAAGAAUUAAAACUAUUGAAAUAGGUGUAUAUAAUUCUUCCCAAUGAGAUGAAGGCCAUUUUCAAAUACUAUCCAAAUCACUCUACUUUAAAUACUAUAAUUGGUCCAAAAUGAACUCAAAAUUAAAAAUAUUUUUACUAGAUUUUCGUUUUUUUCCAACACCGACCCCUAGUAAAUGACAUAAAAGUUGUAAAUUUUUAAUGAAUCUGGCCAUAUACUCACUAAACACAUAAUAGUGUACCUAAAUGUACCAAAAAUGGCAGGUAAAUUAAGGAUGUAUCAUGUUUUAUAUUAAUUUGUUAAUAAGAGGAUCAACAGAGAUAAUGCUAUCAAAACUGAAACGUUAUGAGAUUAAAAUAUCCAAAGCAACUAAAAUCUCAUUUUGCGGAAAUUCAGCUCAUUCACUGGCAAUCAUAGCAAUUCUUCAUAGGUGCCCAUCACGUUAUUAAUUAUUGCCCUGUGAAGCAGUAAUAAGAACUUGUCUUCUCAUGACACUUGGGAGACUGAAAUUCCAAGUAUAUUACUUGCCCAUGAUCACAAAAGCAGUCAGGAGUACAGCGGGAUAAAGAAACCUUCCCAAUCCUUAGAACACGCAGCCUCCCAGUUUCAGCACUGCCAUACUGCCAGUACUCCUGAAACAAAUGUCCCAUCACCCAUCCAACCAAGCCACGUCCCUUCAUCAGAAGGCAUUUCUUUAGAAAGCCCUUCUUAACCACCUAAGACUCCCCCAACAAUGAGGCAGCCGUAGGUGGAGUUCACAGGUCUCACUGCAGGAAUCUGAAACCAGGAGCACCUACAUCUUCACAGCACGAGGCGUCCAUCCUCUCCCUUGAAUUUAGGUCUUACAUAUCCUGUUUUUUCAGGAGAUCAGUGGUUCUCAAAUUGAGCCUGUGGAUCACCAGAGGCCACCAGGGCCUAAAUGGUGGUCCACAGAUAGUAUUCUCCAUCCCCACUCCGCCCCCUUCACCACCCCUUCAGCACUGCCCACCGUCCCCCCCCCCCCCGCCCCCAGUCCAACCAUCCUCCCCAGCCUUCCGGUCCCAUGGCAAGAUCACCACAUGCAGUGCUAAUACUGGGGCCUCCCAACCAACUUGCUAUAACCAGCAGCUGACAACCACAGGGAUCGGGGUGAUCACCAGAAGGGUGAGAAAUAAGGGCCAAGAGAGCUUACAAGAGGGCACAGGCACUAAAGAAGGGGAAAGAAGGACAGAGGAGCAAAGAAAUGGAAAAUCUGGGUGGUAAGAGGGCUCUUGGGGACAGUGAUCCACCAAAAAUAAACCUGUAAUAAAGUAUCCCAUGAUGAGAAAAAAUUUGAGAACCACUGCUUUGAAAUCAUUAGAUUAGUAGUCCAACAGGAACUGUGGAACAUUCUGAACAGCACCUGAGAUACACUGUUAGCAUUCAAAACACAGUUUUUAAAAAACCACCCCCAAAAAGACCAGCAGCAGCAAUAACAAAUAACUUCAGGAUAUAAACUGAGCGGCUCUUGAGCCUUAUUUAUACAUUUGCCAUUGUCUCAUGAAUCAGGUCCAUCUUCAGUGUCCAUCCUAGAGUAUGCACACACAGCAAAUUUACUCAUGAACUUUGGUUAUAGUUACUGGCCUCUCCGUGCAUUUUUAAUAAAACAUUUUCUAAAAAAAAUCUUAACUUUGUAGUUGGACACUUUUGUACGUGCAUAUGUUGUGUACCUUUUUAAUCCAGGCUUGGGCACCAGUAUUAGCCAACUGUUCUUGUGUCAGAACCUGUACUCCUGUACUUCCGGUGAAUUGGCCGGGAAUGGAGUUCAGCUGAGCCCAGGCAUCAAUCUGAAGAAAAAAAAAAAAGAUGCCUCAAUCAACUAAGUAAAAUUACUUGUCUAGUCAAAAAUGCCCACUGGUUUAUUUCACUAAAUGAAAUGGUUUUAUUUAGUUCUUGAAAAGGCUGAAUAAGACUUAUUCAACUUUUAGAACAAUUUGAUGAAUGCAUACAUAUUUAAAAUGUUUUCUUAAAAGCAGCACUUUGGUAACAUUCAGUGGGUCCCAUUAGUAACAAGAUUUGAGAUGUACGUCUAACAACUGAAAAGCAUUAACGAUAAUACUCAUUCUCCAAAGCAUCACAUGGAUACAUGAAUACAGAAAAGAGUUUCAUGCAGCACAGGAUCCCUGCCCUCUGCUUUAUGUACCUCAUAUAAAUGCAAUCUAAUAAAUGUUAUGAUCGCCUGAGUUUUUAAUUAAUUACCUUCUUUGUGGUAUUAGAAAUCCAGAAUUCAAGAGACACGCUUAAGGAGUAAUAAAUGCAGGGAAUUAUUCAAACCCAGAAAACAGCCUUCUUUAAAACCUGAGCCCUACAUUAAUCACCAGCAUUUACUGUGAUGGUUAAAGAAUCAGUUGUCCUUCAAAGUAUAUUUGCUAAUAAACAUUGGUAUUGUUAGGCAGUGUAUUUAUCUGUCUGAACAUCUAUUUGUCGUUUCUAUAUAGAUCUACCACGGGAAUGUAGAAGACAAAAGGAAAAGCUGUCCACUGUUAAAAAUUUAAGUCUAGACUCUGGCCUCAGACUGCCUAAUCACUUUUUUUUUUUUAAUUCCAAUGUAGCUAACGUGCAGUGUUAUAGUUGUUUCAGGCUGACUAACCACUCUUUACUCAGUUUCCUCAGCUGGAAAAUGGGACAUCAUAAUAGUACCUACAUCUCACAGAGCUAUGAUGGACACAUAGCUACUUUAAUAUUCCAGAUUACAAACUCAGUAAGAGCAGGGGUUUUUUUUCUAUUUUUAACUCUCUUAAACAUUAGUUCCUGCCACACAGUACACAAUAAACAUUUACUGGGUGAAUGACCAUGCCCCAAAAUCACUUUCAUUUAAAAUAAGCUAAUUACAAUAAAUUACUUAUUUCCUUGGAUUUUUAGGACCUACAUUUCAACAGCAUGCCACAGAAUUUACUUAUGUCACACCAUCUAAUUAGUUAAAUUCUCAUUUAGCAGACAUUAAAACUGCUACAUACCCUUUCCUGAGCUCGAUUUAACAUGCUCAUGGCUUCAAGGUCAAAUGCAUUCUCACUUAGUCUUUUCUGAGCAAGUGCCCGUUCACUCAUUGCUGUAGAGAUGUCCACAGGCUAAGAAAGAAAACAUAGAUAAUUAUCUCAAAUUAUGAUAGACCCCCUAAAUUCUAAAAAGUGCUCAUAUCUUUAGUUGCUACAUAUCAAAAAUGAAACAGUAAUCUUACAUAUUAAUAAUCUUGUAAAGUACAGAAAAGAUACCAAGAAGUAAAAGAAACUUGGAAAGCAGAUGAGGAUCAUUUAAGGUAAGUUACACGCUAUCAGAAGCAGCAGCUGAACUCAACCCAACAUCUGAACUUCAAAUUUCAUAUUUUCUACUGUAUUUUCUACUGUAUCAAAUUAUGAUCACAGAAAAUUGCACAAAGAACUUAAAACUCUCUAGCCUUCACUAACAAAACAGUCAUUUACAAAAACUGGUACUUUUUUCAACUGUUUUGGAACUAUUGAUUUUAUAUUCAUGAGCAAUUUUCAUUUUAUCCUAUUUCUUUUUAGCAUAAUGUUCAGAAGCAAUAAGGUUCUUGAGUAAGCAAGCAGAAAACUACUAUCAGGUCAGUUGGUCUUUUACUCAUCUGCACAUCUUUUCACCUUCUUGCAGUUGCUCAGAGAUACAGUUUGGUCUUAAGAAUUCCAUUUCUUCAAAGAAUGUAUUUACUAUAUACAUAAACGAAUCCUUUGUUUUCAGUUUAUAUGUAUUAAUGACCCAAAUUAAAAUAUUUCUGGGGGGGUACAUAACAACAUGAACCAACACAUUUAAAAUUAAAUAUGUCUGAAAUGUCUUAGGUCCUCCUUUUCCAAGCUCAUAUCCUACCUGUAAAAAUGUUAUGCUAAGCAGAGGUGACUUCAUGGUUUAACUUUUUAAAACGUUUCAUAAUGUCCAGAAAAAUUCUUAAAGAACAAAUCCCCAAUUUAUCAGAUUUGUGAAGGCUCAACCAUAAAAGGAAAAACACAUCAAGUAAGUAUUUGAUGUUCUUUGUUCUGAUGUUAAGAGCUCAUGUUGACUUGUACCAUCACCAAUUCUUAUUAUUUUUCUUCUAACACAACCCAUUAAUAUUUCCUAGUGAUUUCACCCAAGAAAAUUCAUUUUUGGAAAAUAUUUGACAUGAAAAGGUUUUCCUAUAUUCAUAUGCAAAACAUGAUUAGAGGUACUGCAUGGAUAUUACAAAUAUAAGGAAGUCAGUAAUAUAAAUUAACAGCUAAGGAUUUUUCUUAAAGCUAACGGCUACCUGUAAUUUAACUAUGUACUACAUAUGAAAUACUUCUUAUAAAAUAAAGACCUAUAUAGAAGGGUGUAUGACUCUAAGAGAAUAAUUCUACCUUACGCAUAAGGAUAUAAGAGAAUAAUUCUACCUCACGCAUAAGGAUUACUAGUCUCCCUUUUUCUACCUUCAGAACCCCUUAUUAUUCCAUCAUUCUUCGUUAUCUUGCUGAGUCAUCUCAUAAUACUCCCCCAGCAAAAUUAAAUUUCUUCUUCCACAUAGAUUCUUAUGUAUUGCCUUCUUAAAACGAAAGCAAAGCUAAAUUCAUUCUGUAAUUGUUAAGACUGUUUACAGAUCCCAUGAAAGAUCUUAACUGUCAACGUAGUAAAUUAUCCACACUAACUAGAAUAUCUCUGGGGCCUAUAAAAAAUAAUCUAAGCAGUCACAAUUAAACACUAAAACUCUAGGGGUCUUCACUUGUCACUUUUUUGAGAAUUCUGAUCAACUGCUGGGACUUUAAAUAAAGGGGAACCCAAAUACUUCAGGCCAAAAUUUACAUUCCUUUGGCCUACCUUAUGUGUUUCCUAAAACUGUCAGGUAGGAUUACUGAUGCAAUUUGAAAGCCCAGCAAAUAUACCUCAAGUACUGUUCAUUAACCUUGUCCAAAUUACUUUGGGUAGCAGUCUGUAAAUCUGAGGAUGUUUAGGUAUAAAUAACAGGUUUUUAUUCUGAAAAAGUCUAAGCUUAGAGGUGAUAAUGUGGAAAAUCGAUCUACUGACUACUUCAAGCCCUGAUCCCCAAUUUCCAGCUAUAAAUUUAGCCAUGAAAAUGUAAAGAUGGCUCUAAAAGCUCCCAACUUCUCUAGAAUAAAAUUCUUCCCAAUUAGAAAACAAAUGAAUACACACCUAUGAUCUGAAGACCUAUCUUCAUAUAUUUUUUAAGUCUUUAAGCAGAUAAUCUAAAUGCCUCAUCAUUUAUCCCCAGGAUGAAACUUCAUUCAAAUCUCAGUAACAUUUUGUUACAUUCACAUCUCACUCUGGAAGAAAUUUUAAUAUAGCAACCUUGAUGUUUAAAAUAAAUUUACUUCAGAUAAAAUGAUAACCAGUUUUUUUCCUGACUACAACUUAAUUCACUCAACAGGCUUACCAAGAGAGUAACUUACUAUUCAUUUUAUAUUCAUAUUUUUAAAUGUGAAGAACAUACUCAAAAUAAAAUGAACCAGGAUUAUCUGAACCUCUUAAGGAUCCUCAAAUGUUUGAACCAAAAAAACAUGUUUCCAGGUUUUCAAGGUAAUUCAAGAUAUGUAAUAACAUAUAAUCCCCAAAGCACUAAUAUUCAAGGACUAGACCAAAUGUCACAUAUCAGUAUUGAAACUCUCAUUAAAUAUCACAGCUACCCUUUAGAACACUGGUCAGUAGUAUUUUCUACAGUGACAGCUAAUGAGCACUUAAAAUGUGGCUAGUGCAAUUAAGGAAAUGAUUUUUCAGUGGCUAGUGACUACCCUACUGGACUAUAUGGUGUAUGUGUGUGUACAUAAACACUAUACAGUGGAUCAUACUAUGUAGUGGAGCUUCAGAGCCUUAACCAUCUGUCAGUGUUGCUCAGAAAGAGGAAUAGGUUUAAGGUACCGAAAUGAUGUUAAAAAGCCCUUCUAAAAAGUAGGAAAAAAUCUUAAAUUUGAUAGAACGCUAUUAUUAAGUGGUCAUCAACAAGCCUCAUUUGUUUCCACUGUUAUACUACAAACUUUUAAUCUAAUGUAUUAAGUCUAAUUAUGAUACUAUAAUAAUAUUCUAAGUAUUAUAAUUGGGGAAAAUGUUUAGUUUCCUUUUCCCUAGGACUUGUUUUAAAAAGUGAAAUCUACCUCGAGUAUCCAAUUCCAGUUCUCCUAUAGUUAAAAACCUGUCCACGUUAUUUCAUUUCUCUACUACAGCAACACAGCAGAUCACUUCUCCUAUAAUCCAAAAGUGUCAGAAAUGAAAUCAUGAUGUAACAUGCAUUUCACAGCCUAAGUUAUAAUCACGUCCUUUCUGUAUCUUCCUCAUUUAAAAACCCUUCUAAGUCAACUUCCUUACCCCUUUCGUUAACCCAGCUGUUUACAUAAAUACAAGUAUCUCAGGGGCAUUUCUUAGAAAGUCAAUUAAAGGGCUAAAGAGAAUUAUUAGGAGGGAGUCAGAUAGGGAAAAUAAGCCCUGUAAUAUGAAUUGUAUUACUCUCUACCUAGACAAUUACAGGUAUCUUAAAACAGAGAGUAUGAAAGGAAAUGUUUAAUUCAAAAAAACAGAAUUAAAAAAAAAGCAUCUGAUCUGUAUGUAAAAUAGGACUUUAAGAUACUUAUUAGCAAAAAUUAAUAAAUUACAAAGAGGUUCAUCUAGAAAAGAAAAUGACAACUAUAAAAACAAAAGCCACACAAAAUACAGAAUACCUCAGUUGUCAUGGGUUUGGUUUUAAAAUGUGAAUUACGAAUCUUUUAUUACACCAUAUGGAAUUCUCUAACAUAACUCCUAUACAUUUAAUCUGAAUAAACUAGAAUAAGAAAAACAGGUAACCUAUUAAGUUGUUCAAAGAAAUUCAAUGUUAAUCACCCAGGAGAAUCUAAGGAAAAAAGAAUGAAUAGCAAGGCUGUAUUUAACCAUUCUAGCACUGCCAGGACCCAUGUAUUUAAUUUUCAAUUAAAAUUUACAUCUUACCCCAAGAACUUAACUUUCCUAAAGUAUAAAGUUGGAACUUGUAUACUUGAAGAACUUCUAUACUUCCACUGGGAAGUGGAAAUAUUUUUUAAUAAAACAAACCAAGCACACUGAGAAAAGAAUCAUCUUAACAUGUAAGCAAUUACUAGACCUUAAUGGAGAGCUACCUCUGGACCUCUGAUAAUUUAUGAUUAAUAGUAAACCCAAGGAAAUGUUAUAUCAAAGAUUACAUUUAAAUCUUCUACCCAAUAAGCCUCUAACUUUAUUAGCAAGAAUUAAUGCCCCCAAGGACACUUUUUUUAAAUAUUAGUUUUCCACCAUUUUUAAUUUCACUGUUUAAGAAUAAAUCAAAUUCACACACAUAUGGUCAAAGUUCUGUAGACACUCCUUACUGAGGAUGAUGCUGGCUGGCUUCUGGGUAGGAAGACGAUGCUAUGGCAGUAAGGCACAGUCUGAUGAGCUGAUAUUCCAUAAGAUACGGAUUUAUGUUGAUCCAUCCACAUCUAUCCACUCACGUUUAUGUCAAAGAGCACUCAUGUGCAAGACAAUUGGUGGGGUUAAGGAUUACAGCAAAGCUGAGACCAAAUCUGUGAUCUUUGCCUAAAUGUUUUAUGCUCAAAACUAAAAAACCACAAACUCCAUUUAUAUUUAUUAAAAUGAAAAACACGGAUAGGUUAAAAAAUAAGUAAAUACUAAUCAGUUAAAACAGUGACCAUUUGAAAGAACUUUCCUUUUACUCUAUAAAAGCCUUUAUUUCAACCCCAGACAGGGAAUCAAAAGGGUCAACGCUCCCAUGUCACCAUUCCACAAACAUUGGUAUGUAGAACGUAAUCUUACAAAUACAUGUAUUUGCAAGAUACAGCUAAAUAACUAGGACUAAACGUUUUAUAUUGUGACCACUUCCUCUAGGUGUUUACUACUAUUGUUAGGUAAAAGCACAAAGACCUGAAAGCAAAACGAAACCAUGCUUUUUCUCUUCUAAAAUUUUGGGAUUGUUUCUGCUUAAAAUUAACCUAUGUAUUUUUUGAGUCUGAC